AAGGAGUUAAUGCCAUUUGGUCCCUUAAGGAAGAGCAUUAUCCAUGUAACCAACUGUGGGAGUGGAGUAGUAAAAACCCCUAAAAAAACCGAUUGAAACUGGAGGAUCCAUCUUUCCCUCUCUCCUGAUUUGUUGACCAUGAUGAUAGAUGGGCUCUCCAGUGACUGAAGAUUUCUGUUUGUGUACUGAUUUGCCAACAUGUCUGAGGAAGAGCAGUCCCUACCACUUAAUGCAAACUCUUCCUCUUAUGGACUCUCAUUUGGUUCUCUAAGCCCUUCAAAAGAAAAGUACAUAGACCAAGAACCUAAAAAGUUGCUUCCUGAAAUCUUAGUGACAAAAGAAACAGAAGGACUCCCAAACGAAAAAACUCAGGAGUCAGAAUGUCUGAAGCAUGAUGAAAUCAUUCCUUUACAAUCUCCUCUCUCAGCCACUUCAACUUUCAAGGCCUUGCCUUCGUCCUCUUUCUCUUUCUCUCCAGUGAAAAAUACUGGUGUACAAUUGAAAAGUCCAGAACGAAAAACGUCAUCAUUCAUGUCAUUCAAGUCUGAAGAAGGAGACUUCAAAGAAAGAUUGAAAAGUGUCGUGAAAGUAAUAUCAGGGGUGUCAUUUCCCUCCACUUCUUUUUAUACUGAGGAUUCUUCCGGAUCUUCUAUUUAUACCCCAGUUUCAAUACCUGUUCCUGCUAAGCAACUUGAAUCCAGGCUAUUAGAGAUCGAAAAGUCUGUGUCUGUUCACCAUUCAACCCAGACCAAAUGGACGAUUGAUGAUGAAAGUCCUCGGAUAGAUGGCAUUGAAUCAGUGACCAUCAGUUAUGAAAAACUGCCAUCUGAAGGCAUCGAAAUCAGUCCGACACAAAAUCAGUUGCAGACAACAACUACUGAGAGUGUCCAGCCAUCCCCUUCUUUUCUUCAGAAAAAAGAGGAAAGCAACAGUCAAGAAACACCUAGAGAUAAACAGUCAAAACCCCAAGGCAGAAUCCCAUCACCCUCCAGGACGUAUCAGAGUGUAUUUAAGUGUGUACUACGAGAAUUGCUAGAGAAAGAAGAAAAGGAAGGCCUUGAUAUUGACGUGUCCCCAACUGCUCAGCUAAGAGGAGAUACCCGGAAGAAGCUGGCCCACAUGUUUAAAACCAAUUUUGAAAGAUACAAGGAUGUUUUUACACGGAUUCUAAAGAAAAGAAGGACCCACCCGACAGCUAUAACAGAGAAUUCAAAUGUGAUAGACAUAGAAGAAUAUCGUAUAAUCCGAUCUCCAGAGGUAUCUCCUGUGGCCUCUGUCCAUGAACUGGUGGUAAUGGAUGAAGUGUGGUUAGAAGAGGUUACUAAGGCUCAUCGAGGGUUCGGUGUUCCAACAUUUUACAAGGGUCCGAAGGGUAAAGAUUGUGACUCUAAGCCACUCUCCAUUUUCUUUCCAGAUGGGACAGGUCAGAUUUAUUACCCAUCAGGGAAUAUAGCACUGGUUAUCUCACACACAGAAGACUGUGAUGCCUUCACCUACAUGAUUUUCAAAGAUGAAGAAAACUUACACUUGCAGGCCCUCCUCAACAACAUGGGACAUGCUACCUUCUAUGACAAAGAACAGAACAUCCGGAUGUGUCUGGGUUUGAAUUUGGGCUUCUACUUUGAUGCAAAAGGAAGACAGAAGGCCUGGAACUGGUGGGACCCAAAUCAGCAUAUCCACGCACCCCCUCACCAGUCGAUUUACUUUGAUCUCAAUCCAUGCUUUGGUGUCCACGUUAAAACCCAGGAUAAAGUGCUUAUCACCUUCAGUUACUACAAACAAAAAAUCCACUUAAAUCUGGGCACCAAGGUCAAGGUGAAAGACUCUGAGACAGAGAUGAAACUGCAGCACAAGGCGCUCCUGGAAACCCACAAAAUGCAGAAAGAAUUCCAAAAGACAAACAGCCUCCUGCAGAAAAUGAAAGGGCUGAGCUGCCUGACCAAAGUCGACCUGGAGAACUUCAUAAAGGGCUACCCAUCCAUGUCUGCAGUGGAAGAACAUCUGCGGGCUGGAAAGCUCCGCGUACUGUGCCCAGAUCCCAGCAGGGGAUGAGCUGUGUGAUGGUGCAGGCUGGGGCCUGUUGUGGCUUUCUCCACCCUCCUAAGGAAGCCCUCCCUGCCCUCCAUCUGCCAAAGGCCUAAGGCUCGUUGGAGUUGUAGAAUUUGAGGGGCAUUUAAGAUCCAGUCACAGCCUCCUGUAUUUAGUGUAGGGGGGGUGGGGCUUCUGGGGGAUCGGUUUGUUUGUUUUAAAGGUGCUCCAACACAUACAAAUUAACACUCUGCUCUCUUCAGACAGGAUUCAAAGUUAAUCACAAUUUGAAUCUGGGCAGGUAAUGCUAGAGGGCAGCUAGGUAACGCAGUAGAUAGAGUGCCGGGCCUGGAUCAGUAAGACCCAAGUUCAAGUCUGUC